AUGUCGAGCACGAGCCCUGCGUUUAAGCUGAGCCCCGUGCGCAUCGCCCUUGUUCAGCUAGGACAGACGGGCGCAGACAAGAGCUUCAACCUGAAGCAUGCGCGCGAGUCUGUGCUGCGCGCCGCCAAGGAGGGCCCCGACGGCGGCGCGGAUAUGGUCGUGCUGCCCGAGUGCUUCAACUCGCCGUACGGCGUCCAAUUUUUCUCGACAUACGCCGAGACGCUCCCGGGGCUCUUUGCGUCCGUCAAGCAGCGCAACACGGUGGCACCCGCCGACGCCGAUAAGCAGUGGGCCAUCGAUAACAAGGACAAUGCGCACGCAGUCGAGCCAUCGCCCGCGCUGCUCGACGCGAGCGAGUCCGUGCGCAUGCUGAGCGGUGUCGCAAAGGAGGCAAACGUCGUGCUCGUCGGCGGCAGCAUCCCCGAGCGCGACGAGGCGUCCGGGAAGCUGUACAAUACGAGUCUUGUCUUUGACAAGCAGGGCCGCAUCAUUGCCGUCCACCGCAAGCUCCAUCUCUUUGACAUUGAUAUCCCGGGCAAGAUGACGUUCCAGGAGAGCGAGACACUGACGCCGGGUGACCAAAUCACCGUCUUUGAUUGCGACUAUGGCCGUUUUGGACUGGCUAUUUGCUACGACCUGCGCUUCCCCGAGGUCGCGAUGGUCUCGGCACGCCUCGGCGCCGCGGCGAUGCUCUACCCCGGCGCCUUUAACACGACGACCGGCCCCCUGGCCUGGGAACUCCUCCUGCGCGCGCGCGCCGUCGACAACCAGAUGUACACUGUCGGCUGCUCGCCGGCGCGGCCGCCGGAAGGCUACCCCGCAUGGGGCCACAGCACGGUCGUCGAUCCGAUCGCGCAGGUCGUGACGACCACGGACGAAAAAGAGACCAUCCUGUGGACGCAGCUCGACCCCGAGCGCCUGAAGGAGGUGCGCAAGGUCGUCCCGGUCGCGACACAGCGCCGCUUUGACGUCUAUCCGAACGUGGCGAACUAG